UAAAGCAGAGCUCCCGGUGACAGGCGAGAGAGCUGGUUCGGCAGUGCGGUCGCGGCUUUCUGCACUCCCGGCGGCGGAAUGGCCCGUGCGCUGCUCGUCGCGUCUCCGGCCUGCGACCCUUAGACGCCCAAGCCCGCUCUCCGCGCCAAUCCUCCCGCGCGGACGCUACCAGCGAGCCGGCGGUGCGGCGGCGACUCGGCUCCUGCGGUCGCUUCUCUCAGGCUGCUCGAUCAGGAUUUUUAGACUCUGAGGAAGAAUUGGAGCUAAUCCACACCAUGGAAAUGGAAACCACCGAACCUGAGCCAGACUGUGUAGUGCAGCCUCCCUCUCCUCCUGAUGAUUUUUCAUGCCAAAUGAGACUGUCUGAGAAGAUCACUCCAUUGAAGACUUGUUUUAAGAAAAAGGAGCAAAAGAGAUUGGGAACUGGAACCCUGAGGUCUUUGAGGCCCAUUUUAAAUACUUUGCUAGAAUCUGGAUCACUUGAUGGUGUUUUCAGAUCUAGAAACCAGAGUGCAGAUGAGAGCAGCUUACAUGAACCUAUUGUGAAAAAACCCCUGGAAAUCAGUCCGUCAUGUCCACCAGCAGAAAAUAGUAUGUCUGUUCUGAUUCCUGAUGGGACAAGUGUUGGGGGCCAAAUACCAGAAGCCCAUCCUUCCACUGAUGCUCCAGAACAAGUGGUUCCAAUCCAGGAUCAUAGCUUUCCACCUGAAACUCUUAGUGGGACGGUGGCAGAUUCUACAGCAGGGCACUUCCAGACUGACCUUUUGCAUUCAGUUUCAAGUGAUGUUCCUGCUAGUCCUGACUGCAUAGACAAAGUUAUGGAUUACAUUCCAGGGGUUUUCCAAGACAAUAGUUUUACAAUCCAAUACAUUUUGGACACCAGUGAUAAGUUGAGUACUGAGCUCUUUCAGGACAAAAGUGAAGAGGCUUCCCUUGACCUUGUGUUUGAGCUGGUAAACCAGCUACAGUACCAUACUCACCAGGAGAACGGAAUUGAAAUUUGCAUGGACUUUUUGCAAGGCACUUGUAUUUAUGGCAGGGAUUGUUUGAAGCACCACACGGUCUUGCCAUAUCAUUGGCAGAUCAAGAGGACAACUACUCAAAAGUGGCAGAGUGUAUCCACUGAUUCCCAGGAGCACUUGGAAAGAUUUUACUGUAAUCCAGAGAAUGAUAGAAUGAGAAUGAAGUAUGGAGGACAAGAAUUUUGGGCAGAUUUGAAUGCCAUGAAUGUGUAUGAAACAACUGAAUUUGACCAACUACGAAGGCUGUCCACACCACCCUCUAGCAAUGUAAACUCUAUUUACCACACAGUCUGGAAGUUCUUCUGUAGGGACCACUUUGGAUGGAGAGAGUAUCCUGAGUCUGUUAUUCGACUGAUUGAAGAAGCCAACUCUCGAGGUCUGAAAGAGGUCCGAUUUAUGAUGUGGAACAACCACUACAUUCUUCACAACUCAUUCUUCAGGAGAGAAAUAAAAAGGAGACCCCUCUUCCGCUCCUGUUUUACACUGCUUCCAUAUUUACAGACACUUGGUGGUGUUCCCACACAGGCUCCUCCGCCUCUUGAAGCAACUUCAUCAUCACAGAUCAUCUGCCCUGAUGGGGUCACCUCAGCAAACUUUUACCCUGAAACUUGGAUUUAUAUGCAUCCAUCUCAGGACUUCAUCCAAGUGCCUGUUUCUGUAGAGGACAAAAGUUAUCGAAUCAUCUAUAAUCUUUUUCAUAAGACUGUGCCUGAGUUUAAAUAUAGAAUUUUGCAAAUACUGAGAGUCCAAAACCAGUUUCUUUGGGAGAAAUAUAAAAGGAAAAAGGAAUAUAUGAACAGGAAAAUGUUUGGCCGUGACAGGAUAAUCAAUGAGAGACAUUUAUUUCAUGGAACAUCCCAGGAUGUGGUAGAUGGAAUCUGCAAGCACAACUUUGACCCUCGAGUCUGUGGAAAGCAUGCUACAAUGUUUGGACAAGGCAGUUAUUUUGCAAAGAAGGCAAGCUAUUCUCAUAACUUUUCUAAGAAGUCCUCCAAAGGAGUCCAUUUCAUGUUUCUGGCCAAAGUGCUAACUGGCAGAUACACGAUGGGCAGUCAUGGAAUGAGAAGACCCCCUCCUGUCAAUCCGGGCAGUGUUACCAGUGACCUGUAUGACUCUUGUGUGGAUAAUUUCUUUGAGCCUCAGAUUUUUGUCAUUUUUAAUGAUGAUCAGAGUUACCCUUAUUUUGUUAUCCAAUAUGAAGAAGUCAGUAACACUGUUUCCAUUUGAAAAAUCUUGGUACUGCUAAAUUAUUCGAUACGAACUCAAUCCAGCAUUUGUAGCAGGUUUUGGAUGGGUGGGACAGAGUGGGGAACAGCAUUGGACAUUAAUAGGGCACUUUUAAGACCCAUUUUUUAAGUGCUAGAAAGUGAAAAAUUUUUUAAAGAAAAACACGAGUUUUAAAAUGACCACUUAUUCUUUAAUUAUUUACUAAUUGUUGUUAGUGUACUCAGUGUGGAAAAGACUACAGAUUGCCUACUCUUUUUAUUCACACUUGUACAUAUAGGCAGCAAUGGUAUUAGAAGCAUUUUUAAAAAGAAACUGAACAGCCUAACCAAUUAAAUGUGACUUAAGCCUGGUAGAAGUUUGGCCAAAUGAAAUGGAGGCUGUGAGCAAAGUGAGGAUUCUGUUAUUUAAAAUGAUAAAACAACUGGAGCUAAUACUACCAUACUUACUCCCUGUCCAAAGCAUCACUUACGGUGUAGGAUAAGUUCAUGAAAUUCUGGUGGGUGGAAGGAAGUUUUUAUCCUAGCAGCAGAACUGAAAUAUAUCACCCAAGCAGAGAGCAUUGGUGACUUUAACUGUUCUGCAGAAUUUGCCUGAGGAUUCAGAGGAAGUAAAAAAAAAAAAAGGAACCAUUUGAAAAAUUUUUGUCGCCAGGAAGAUUUUUCACUAACUAAGAAUCAUGAAACAUGAUUCUUAUGUUGUUAAAACUGCAGUCUUAGGAAACUCAGCCUCUUCCAUUAUCAUCUACCCCAAUCUGAAGGAGCUGGGCAGCUAAUUUGGUUAAAGUCAGUCUUGAGGAUUAGUAGUAUUACUUUUAGAGUUCCCGACGUAGGCCCCAACUGAAGGUUUUAGAGAAAGGAAGUACAUCUAUAAUUGAAUUGUUAAGGCUUAUUACCGUGCUUCGCACAAAGUAGACUCUCCAAAGUAUUUGUUGGCUUGGAAAUAUUGUUAAAGGUGGUUAUCCCACCCUUUGCCUGCUUUGCCAGAUGCAGCUGGGUUCCCCGGCUGACUCUAUUUUACACUACUUAAUAGAAACACAAACUUGGAAAUUGUGCCACUGACCCAGCUGGAGCAGUGUUCGGUGUGUAUGCUAAUACCUCAGUUCAGAGAGGUAGCAGCUAGGUAUACUUUGCCUUAAGCAAAGCCAAUACCCGGAUUUACAAAAGUGGUAGUGGUCGUUCACAAAAGAAUUCACUGUGGAAUUCUUUCAGAUACCAAGCUCUCCUAGUAUGUUUGUGGCUAUUUCAUUUACACAAAACUUUUCAGGAACUCCUGUGUUGUUUGAAGCAAGAUAUAUCUAUUCUGAUGUCUCAGUGAAUCAGUCUGUUUAAGCACUUAUCAGGGCUUCCACACAAUUAUUUAUUUUGCCCUAGUUGAUCUCGUUGUUUGCUGCCAUUGGCAUGAAACAGCCAACUGUGGCUGUUACAGUUGUACUUUCAGUCAAUUAUAACUUUGUAAACCAGUGAUUCCCAAUCUUUUUCAAGUUAAGACACCUUACCAUUGCUUAUUUGAUUUUAUGAAACUUGUUCCUUUUUUUUCUCCUUAAAGGAAAAUAAAGCUUUAUGACAUAUUUAUUUUUUUAAUAAAACUAAGCAAAAAUAAAAGUUCCAGUAAUUCUUUAAAACUUUUGUUGUUUUGGUUCCAUUUAAGAUAAGUGAAUUCAGCACAUAGUGGAUGAUCUGUCCUUAAAUGCUUGUUGACUGGUUGAGUGAAUAUGUGACUGAGCGACUGAACAGACCCAAUCAGAGCCUGCUGCUUAAACUUUUGUGCUCCAGGAGUCAGCAGAAACUAUAUUAGGUAGCAGUCACUUGUAAGUUUCACAAGAGAAGACUGAAUAUUUUAUUUUGCAGGUAAAUAUUUGAGGAAAAGGGACAAGUUGUCUUAUCAGCAAACAGCUAUAGUGAAAAAUGAGCAGAUUGUCCCCAUCAACAGGUGCUGAUGGAAACAUGCGAAGGAAUUUUAGAGAUCUUGUCAGCACUCGAGCACCUUAGCUUUCAGCCAACUUAAAGUGAUCUGAUUUGUAAAUGUGAGCAUCUCUGACAGUACUUUCCCUCCAGUGUAAUCAUUUUUAAAUUCCUGUAUAGUACUGUAUAUUGUUUUAAAUAAGCAAGAGCUGUGGAGUCAGCCUAAAUUUUGUAAUGGUUCCAUGGCUUUAAAAACAUACUGAAAAGCAUUCAGUACAUCUUUCUCCCUAGUGACACAACUGUAAUUUACAUCAUUUCAGAAAGCUGGAGCUUAACUCUUUUAAACUAUGGUUAAGAUUGCUAGGGAGAGGCUGCAAAUUCCUUGAGAUAUUCCGUUGUCACAGUCUUGUAGACAGGAAGGCUUUUUUUAAUAUGUGCAGAGUUUAGAAAUACUGGAUCCUUUAUAAUUAUAAAUUCUAAAACCCAACUCUGUGCUUUUUGCAACAAACCUGUUUAUUUUGGUAAAUGAUUAUUUAGAUAUUGAAGAGAAUCAUGAGGGCCCUGUUCUUUAAAGAAGAAUUUUUAUUAUACUAGGUCUGAAAAUGACUGAAAAAGAAUGUGUUCAACACCCAAACAGUGCUGUACAGUCAAUUUAAAUCAGAGGGGUUUUUCUUUCUUCAUUUAAGGAAGGUAAGAUAACUACAAAAUGUUCCUGGUUUUUCUUACUUGGGAUCAAAUAAUCAAAAUGUAUUUAGAAAAUUCUGUAUACUUCUAAAAUCAAAUCCAUAUUGUUUAUGUUGUUGCUGUUGUGUGUGUGUGUGUGUUUAAAUAACUUAAGCUCUUCAAUUAUACCAUAAUUUUGGAAAAAUCACCUUUUUUAUGGUUAGUUUUCUCAUAUUUGAAACAAGUUUUUUUGUUUUGUUUCAUGGAGUUUUUUUUUUUUUUUUUUUUUUUUUGAGACUACAAAUAAGAAUAAUCCAACUUUGAGAUCCUAUAAUGCAAAAAUGUUUUGUAAAGUCCUGUACUAAACUGAUAGUGUUUUCAUCUACAAAUUAAAAGCCAGAUACAGGUAUGCCUAAAUAGCUCAAUUAGUUAAGUA